AUGACGGAGUGCUUCCUGCCUCCCACCAGCAGCCCCAGUGAGCACCGCAGAGUAGAGCAUGGCGGGAGUCUUGCUCGGACCCCGAGCUCUGAAGAAAUCAGCCCAACAAAAUUCCCUGGCUUAUAUCGAACUGGCGAGCCAUCACCACCUCAUGACAGCCUGCAUGAGCCUCCAGAUAUUGUGUCUGAUGAUGAGAAAGAACAUGGGAAGAAGAAAGGAAAAUUUAAAAAGAAGGAGAAAAGAAGUAGGUAGUCCUUCUCUUCUUCCAAUCUGUGUGCUACUAGUGUGCUUUUUAGUAUUUACGGUUUGCUUUUCAUGACUCAAUACUUGUGUGCAUGUGUUUUAAUGUACAGCACGAUCACAUCUUGUGCACAGUUAACGAGUGUGAUUUCAGUCUUGCGCAGUUGAAAGCAGGCCAGUUGAAAUUGCGUGAAUUAAUUGCACACUUAAAGGCUCCUUUUGCACUGGGUUUUCCCAGUGUGGAAAGAGCUUUUAAGCUCUCCAUCUUGCUUACCAGGCAAGUCCUGCUCAGUGUGCGAGUUCUGGGAUGCUCUUGCAAGAUCUUGUGGGAAUGUGGAUGCCCCCAUGAGAUCUCACGAGAGCAUCCCAGAGACUACAAGCUGAGCAUGACUUGCCCGCUAAGCAAGACAAAGAGCUCAAAAGUUCUUCCUUCCUUGGGUAUAAGGUCCACUUGGCACAUUGGCUCGAGAAGGUAAGUAUGGUCGCACAGUGACAGUUUCAAGGGGGUGGGCUGAGUAUAUGUGCCAUCUCCAGAGUCUAACCCUGCGCAAGAUGUGAUUAUACUGUAGCCCUUUAUAUAAUUUAUUCAUUUAGUUAUCAGUGUGUGUGGCACCACAAGUGUAAAUGUAUUUCAUAAGUGUUACAGGUUUUUUUUUUGUAUGUAAAUGUUUUCUAAAGCAUAAGGUGCUAUAAAAUCUGUGCUAAUUCUAAUCAAAUGUUUUGGUAUGUGAUGCCUUCGUAUCCAUCAGAGUCUUAAGAUUAUUUGUAAAUCUGCUAAGGCUUUCAUAACAUCUAAAGGAGGACUAUAAAAAUAUUUCCAAAUUGCAGCAGUGACAUCAUGGCUGUGUAUCGACUAUCAUACCUCAUAAUUAACUGAGGUAUGAACAAGCCUCAUGGAGCCACCUCAGUCCUUCCCUAUGAUCCAGGAAGUAAACCUGGAAUUCUCAGUUAACCUAUAGUUUCCUUAUAGGUUUCCUGGUUUGGAAACAAUGGGAAACCCUUGUUAAUAGAAACUUGUUGACUUACUUGCCUGCUCAUGCAAAGGGAGGAGCAAAACAGCUCUCUGCAAGUGUACGAUACUCAUUCAUAUCUUGGCUUCUUAAGCUAAAGAAAAUUACAGUCUGAAGCUAAUGCCAUCACUUUAAAACAAGUGGGGAACCAUUUUCAGCCCAAGGGCGGAAUCAGAAAUUGGGCCACCCCUCCAUGGGCCUCUUUUUAAGGUGGUUGGGACAGAUCAGCUUAUUGGUUCUAAAAGCCCCCUUGAAGUUGUUCGUUUACAGGUGCAGUUUGGUAUGAAACCUCGCUUGCAAAUGGACAUUUUUCUUUGGCAUUUGCAGGUGCAAAUGAUUAAACGAUUAAAUAUUGCAAGGGGGAGAUAGCAGCAAUGCCUUUUCCCAGCCCUGUGCAUGCUGUGGCCACUACUGCCAUCCAACCUGUGUUUAAUGUGUAGAUAACUAAAGACUGAUGAAUCGAUCUUCUGUUCAUUUAAAAUUGUUGACAUUAAUUUCUCCCUUUGGUUUCUGUUGUGACAGAUUCAUGUAUUGUCUAGCUAUCUGAAAAUAAAUUUAUUGCAAAAAAUGGCAUUAGCAGUAAAAUCUCCAAAGACAACUGUUUUCUAAGCCUUGUCAAAAAGUUCUGAAAUUGCUUCUCUAAUUGUAUUGGGAGUUAUGGCUUUUGGCAUUUUUAUCCACAUCCACUGUUUCAGCGCUAAUUCUACUACAUCUGUUCUCCUUCUACAAGUACCAUAGCUGUCAGAAUGGCUGCUUGAUAAUACAUUUUUUAGGGAUUGCUAGUUCUCCAUUUUUUGUAUUUUGCAAGACACAUUGAUUAAUCAAAGUUUGAAUUCUUUGAAAAGUUACAUUUUAUCUUGGUACCUUGAUCUGUGGUGAACAUUCUGUUCCGUACUGUGAUGCUGUUAUAUUUUUGUGUAUACAGAAGUAGCAGUAGGCAUUCAGAAAAACUCAAGAUGCUUAGCUUCAAAUUAUGGGUCUAAUAUUUCAAUAGCUGUUUAUUUAUUAAAUAUUUUAAACAAAUAUGAGAGCCCAGAAUUUCAGACUUCAACUGUGUGUUUUUCCUUCUUUUAAAAGUGGCAGCAUUGUUUGCCUGCUGGUUUUUGAAGUAAUGUGAAGAAUUAGAGUUUCUUAGAGCAGAAGGCUAUGAAUGUUUGCUUGGAAAUAAAUCCCACCAUGUUCAGUGGCGCUUACUCCCAAGUAAGUGUGCAUCCCUAGGUCAUUUUGGAUUUGAUUUUUAGUGCAGGGCUGCAGCUGUUGAGUCAAGGCUUGGUUACUCUCGGUCCUAGGGCAUAGCAGAAGGCAAGAGAUAAAGAAAACUGAUUUGUAGAAAGGAUUUGGGACAUACAGUUGAGCUAAAGGAAUGGGUUAAAUAAAGAUGUGAUAUAGUGGAAUAUUUGCUGGAAACCAGGGCCAUUGGUCCAAUCGGGGAUCUUUUAAUCUGGGGAUGUUGAGUCAGGUCUUUACUGUACUGAGGCAGUUCCCAAAUCUCAUCUAUAGUGAGACAAUGGUAGGGUCUUCUCAUAACAGAGAAGUUAAAAGUCAGAAUUUGGGGUUUGUUAAAUCAUUUUUUUAAAAACCAAAGGCCGGAAAAACAUGAUUUUCUUCUUCAUUGAGCAUGUUUUUAAAAGGCUGUACCAUGGCAAUCUAUUUAUGGACCAUAUAUUCUAGUUCCAAGUUGGUCCACAUCUGUGGAUACAAAGCUCUUACCCCCACUUUGGUGGCCUGACAUUCAUGCUGGAAUAUCACUUCAGCGCUCUAGCACACUGGGUCUGCGUAACUCACCCAGGGCACCAUUCACAUAAAAACUACCAUAAAUAUAUCAAAAUUUUCAAAAGUAGGGUCCACGGCUUGGCUUUUGAAAAACAGGGGGUCCACAGUACUUAGCUAAUUGGGAACCAAUGCUCUAGCAGGUUCUCCAUCAAAUUUAGUUCAGGGUUUUUUUUAGCCAUUUCCUCCUCUGUCUUAGCAUAUGUGCUGCAAUAAGUGAUGGGUGUGUUUUAGAUAUUUAUUUUCUUGUUCUUCCCUACAGGGUAGGCAGGGCUAGUUGCAGAAGAGGUGUAGCUUAUUGGACUCCUGUGCAUUUAUUUCAGAGGCAGCAAAGUAAAGCACCUGAUAAUGUGCAGCAAAAGCUUUGUUUGUCUUAUGGCUGUGGAAUUGAACUCUCUUGUGCAGUUUACAUAAUCCAAAUGGGCACAUGUAGUUAGAGAUUUGUCAGGAUGAUUGGGACAACUUUGCCCAUGGAACUGAAAAGUAAGUUAUUUCUUUUUAGAGGUUGUACAUUAAUUUUUUACAUUGUAGAAUAUCUGGUUUGCCUAGAAUAUCUGGUCUAGCCUUUUUAUUCCAAGCAGUUAACUUAGUGGUUUGUGCAAUGCAAUCCACUUCUCACUGAAGUCAGUAGCAAAGUUCUCACUCAUUUUAAUGCAGCAGGAUUGUAUUAUUUGUAUUUUUUGCAGGUUGAUUUUCAGAUGUGCUUGUAAAGAUGUUGAACUGAUGCCAUGACAGUGUGUUAUAUUCACUGCAAAAAUACAUAUAUUUUUGACAUUCUAAUUUUAAUAAUAAUGAUUCUUAUAAUUAAUAUUUAUGAUGAAAAUAACAAAUGUACAAGUUCAAGAAGUUCUGACUAAUUUUCUAUACUUUUUGCAAGUAUGAACAACUGUGUUAUAAUGCUUCUUAAAUAACAAAUGAAAGUUCAAACCAUUUAUUAGUGGCAAAUGUGUGUUGUUUGAAUAUUGUUUCUGAUUGCAAUGGUUAUUAAAUAAUUUUAUUCACUUUCAUACAACUCUUCUUCCAAGGAACCCAGGGCAGGACAGUGUACAUGCCCCACCUACACACAGACACACACUAAUCCUUAUAAUAACUUUGUUGAGGUAGGUUAGGCUAAGAUAGGCUUACCAGCCAAAUGGCAUCCAUUAAAUUUCCAAAGCUUAGCAUGGAUUUGAAUCUGAGUCUUCCUGUUCAUAUUCUGCUUCUUAUCCGUGAGACCCUCCUGGUGGUAAUAGAGACUAGCAAUAGCUCUUCUACUCAUCUUGUUUAACAAACUCUUUUGCCACCAUAAUGAGCUUUAUAUAUGCACUCAUUCAUAAAUUAUCACAUAUCCCUGUUUGCCUGUUGGCCAUCUUAGAAAAUGGUAACCAAACUGGAAAAUUCAUACAACAGGAUGCAAGUGUCUACCCAAGUAAAAUCACAUAGGCCUGAAUCAUAUACAAACUUCAAGAUUCUCUGCACAUUCUGUUUUUUUAGAAGAGUCUACAGCAGAUCCUGGAAUAUUGCUAAAGGUUUAAGAUAAGCAUAUAUGUGCCAUUCAUAUCACUUUACAGCAUCAGUUCUGUAUUGAUUUUGAUGUUACAUUUUACUUUAGGAGGAAACGAUGAAAAACAUUAAGGUGCCAGUACUAAGUUUACUUACCAGGGAAUAACUCCACUGAACACAAUGGGAUAUUCAAGCCUUGGCUUAGGCUUGCAUUGCAAGUUGGAGUUAAACUUCAAACUGUACAUUUUUGCAUAUUGUUGUCAGCAGGUAAUCAAGUGAUUCUGCUUGUGUAUGAAGCUUUCAUACCAGAGUAAUAUUUUUAAAAAUUCAUGUACAUUAUUCAGGGGAAGAAAAUACAUCAGAAUUGUCUCCAAGUCCUGCAUAAUUCCGCAAAUAUGUGUAUGUAGCACAUUAUUGCUGAGCAUUUUUCUGCCUUUUGGCUUUUCUAGGUAGAUUAUGCGUUUGAUAUUUUCCCUCCUUCAUGUCUUCCUUUUUCUCUUAACAGCGGAAGGCUAUGCAGCCUUCCAGGAAGACAGCUCUGGGGAUGAAGCUGAAAGCCCCUCCAAGUUAAAGCGCUCCAAAGGGAUCCACGUUUUCAAGAAGCCAAGUUUCUCCAAAAAGAAGGAAAAAGAUUUUAAGAUAAAAGAAAAACCCAAAGAUGAAAAGCAUAAAGAGGACAAGCACAAGGAGGAAAAACAUAAAGAGAAAAAAUCUAAAGACUUGACAGCAGCGGAUGUUGUGAAACAGUGGAAAGAGAAGAAGAAGAAGAAGAAACCAGCUCAAGAGGCAGAGAUACCGCAGGUGGAUAUUCCCAGGCCUCGCCCUGUGUUUGGUAUCCCUUUGGCAGAUGCAGCAGAAAGGACCAUGUUGUAUGAUGGCAUCCGCCUGCCAGCAGUUUUCCGGGAAUGUAUAGAUUACGUAGAGAAAUAUGGCAUGAAAUGCGAAGGCAUCUACAGAGUUUCAGGUAUAGUGGCCCAACUAAAGGUAGCUUUCGUCUGCUUUGCCUCAUGUCUUUUGACCCAAAGGGCAUGGUGGGGCUCUCCACCUUCACAUCGCCCAAAACUUCAUGUGACUUUGUAAAUGCCUGCAGCUUCCUAAAACCAAAUAUGUUUAGCUGCUGUUGAAUUUAGGCUAGCUCUAAAUUUAAGGCUGGAAGGAUUGCUGAUAAGCAGGUAUAAUUGAAAAAUGAUUUACUCCGCUUAUAUAUAUUAAAGUUCAAGAGGUUAAAGACACAAUUCUAUAUACAUCUACCAUUUGUGUUCAGUGGUGCUUGCUCCUGGGUUAAUGUGCAUUUUUUUUUAUCGAGUCCUUAAAAUUUAUAAAUUGCUUGAUUGUGGGGUUUUUUUAAACAAGUUACAUAUAUUACCACUGCAAUUAAGACUGCAAAUUUUAUGCCCAGUUUUCUAGAAGUAAGCCCUUUGAAUUUGACUGGAUUUCCUUUUCAAUGAACACAUAAGAUUAUGCCGUAAGUUAGCAAACCUAGUCUUUUGCGUUUGAGGGCACAGUGUCUUAUCAGAUCCAUUAAAGUCAUGCUUCCCUAGAGUGGCACUGAUUUCCAAGCGGUUUCCUCAGCCAUCUGCCACAACCUGCUUGCUGAGUAGAGCAACUGAAAAAAACAACAACAUGGUUCAGUCUUUGUGAUAGAAAGAGAAAAUUGGCACAUGGCACUUCCCAACUGCAUUCCUCACAACGCUUGCUCUGGAGUAGUGACUUCAGUAUGUAUAAUGGUAUAGAGUGGUGUAAGUAGUUUGAGGACUGUGAGAAUAUAACCUAAUCAGAGAUGUUAAGAACCUUGCAGUUGUUUGCUAUAUAUUUUUAAUUAUGUUGUGUAAAAGAUUCAGUGCUAGCAAGUAAAAUAGUGAUUUGUCAAGUGGCAUAUGGUGGGGAGAGAACAUAUUCUUCAGCUGUUUUUCCCUCCUACACUUUCAUUUUGACUUUCUUCCAAAUGGAAUUUAUACACAAAGUCCUCAUUAGCUGGUAUCUUGAAAAAACAGGGGAAAUGUUGCAAUAGCAGUUGAGGAUUUAGCUUGGAUUUGAAGAAAACACCCCGGUGGUAAUGCCAAGAUAAUUAGCAGCCACGGUAGUUGUGUAACCCUUGAUCCACAUAAAAGUAACAAUGAUUCGAGUCAUUUAUUUAAUUAUACAGCUGUAUUUUGAAUUGUGAAUGCCACCUGUGAGAGGCAUCAUGCCCGUGAUCGAAAUGCAAUGCACGAGCUGUUUUGACAGGAACUGAAAUGCAAAUUCCAAGGUGGAAUUUAAAGACAAAACUGCACAGGAAGUAAAUAUUUUGAAGAGAUAUUUAGUGCAAACAUUGCACAUUAGUGAUGGAUAAAUAUGAAAGCAUAGCCACACUUUUAUUGACACUAUGUCACUAUUUCAAUCAGAAGUAUAAUUUUCUGAUCUUGGAGGUUCAUAGGUUUAUAUCCUUUACUAUGCCAGGCCGUGCUACAGUAUGACCAUGACAGUGUAAAGUGUCCUUCUCUGGGUAGUAGAUAUGGAUACUGCUUGGAAUUUAAGCUUGAAAGGGAAUUUGUGCAAGCAUUGGAAAGUGUUCGGGCAAGUCUGAACAAUGCAGAGAAGUAAAGUACUCUGAUUAUAACUGACUUGUAAACAAGUCCAUAAAAGUUGGUAUCCUGCAACCUUGCUUUAUUUUAUUUUUACUAACCUGCCUCCUAGCAGACUAGUGGUGUGGAUGGGUGUUUAAGCCUUCUGCAUUUCUGUGCCUGUCCUUCCUCUGUGGCUAGCAUGGAAACCGAACACGCAGGCAGAGGACAGCAGAGCAGUUUGUCUCUCCUCCACCAGUGUGCUCAUUCAUCAGCAUAGAAUUCCAUGCACUUGCCUGCAUGGAAUUUUAGUGGCCUUUGAUGACCAGGUGUGUUCUUAGAAAUAAGGAUUGAAAGUGGAUAGUGUACAACACAUCAGACACAUCAGAACAUGGGUGUGGUUUAUUAUUAUUUAAAAAAUUAAAGAGAUGGUUGAAAUUCCGAAUCAAAAAGUCACCAUCCAACCACUAUCUCUGCUGUUUCUCCUCUACCUGCUUUUGCUGUAAAUUGGAGACCCUGGAUGCACCCACAAAAUACACAAAACUAUGGUUUAACACCCAAGGAUGAGCCUGAGUGACUUGUCAGGCUUGCAUGCAUCGUUCUCUUCCGUCAUGGUCUUGAGGUACAUUUUGGCAGAGUUUAGUUUCACAGAAUCCUGGAUCGUUACUACAUUUGAAACAUGGAUUCUAAUUUAAAACAAACUGGCAAGUUUCAUAACAAGCUGGUGUCAGACUGUGGGUUUGUUCUGCUUGGACUUGUUCUGGCUCAUCCAUGCCGUGCUAAACCAUGCAGACGCAGCCUAGUGCUCCUUCCUUCCCUCUUCCAUUGCACACACCCUUAUCUGCAGUCAGCGUGCUGUAGUGUUAUUUCUUGAGUUAAGAGCCCAGGGUGGUAUUCAACAAGGUUUUCCUGAGAGCAGACCUAUUGAAAUUAAUGAGCACAACUAAGGUACAGUGGUGCCUCGCAAGACGAAAAGAAUCCGUUCCGCGAGUCUCUUCGUCUUGCGGUUUUUUCGUCUUGCGAAGCAAGCCCAUUAGCGGAUUAGCGCUAUUAGCGGCUUAGUGGCUUAACGGAUCAGCUGUUAAGCGGCUUAGCGGAUCAGCUGAUAAGCGGCUUAGCGGAUCAGCUGAUAAGCGGCUUAGCGAUCAGCUGUUAAGCGGCUUAACGGAUCAGCUGUUAAGCGGCUUAGCAGAUCAGCUGAUAAGCGGUUUAGCGAUCAGCUGUUAAGCGGCUUAGCGGAUCAGCUGAUAAGCGGCUUAGCGGCUUGGGAAAAAGGGGGGGAGAAACCCCGCAGGAACUCGCAAGACAUUUUCGUCUUGCGAAGCAAGCCCAUAAGAAAUUCGUUUUGCGAAGCACCUCCAAAACGGAAAACCCUUUCGUCUAGCGGGUUUUCCGUCUUGCGAGGCAUUCGUCUUGCGGGGCACCACUGUAGGUCCAUUAAUUUCAGUGGGUCUGCUAUGAAUAAAACUUACUUGAGUACUUCCCCCAGUGUUUUGUGACUUUGCAAAAUGAAGAUAGUGCUUUACAUGUGUGAUUGCUCUAUUUUUGUUUGUUUUUGGAAUUAUUUUGUGAAAUCAUUCUUUUUUUUCUCUUUUUUUAGGAAUUAAAUCAAAGGUGGAUGAGCUAAAAGCAGCAUAUGACCGAGAAGAAUCCCCCAACCUGGAGGAGUAUGAGCCUAACACUGUAGCCAGCUUGUUGAAACAGUAUCUGCGUGAACUUCCUGAGAACUUGCUUACCAAAGAGCUCAUGCCUCGCUUUGAAGAUGCUUGUGGGAAGAGCCUGGAGGUUGAGAAAUUGCAGGAAUGCCAGCGUCUCCUGAAAGAACUACCAGAGUGUAACUAUCUCCUAAUUUCUUGGCUGAUUGUGCACAUGGACCAUGUAAUUGCAAAGGAACUAGAAACAAAAAUGAAUAUACAGAACAUUUCCAUAGUACUCAGCCCAACUGUUCAGGUAUGCAUAAUAGGCUCUCUCUUUCCCUACUUCUCUCUCUAUCUAUCUAUCUAUCUAUCUAUCUAUCUAUAUAUAUAUAUCAGUGGUUUUCAGACUUAUUUCUCUGGGCCAAUUUCAGAAUAAUAAUUUGCUCUUGCCACACUGAAUUUUUAAGUGAUAAGAAAUACAUUGGGACACAAAAAGAAGCAACAACUAGCAGGGCUUCAUUUUGAAAAGAUCUAUCCAUAUCCUGCAAAUAAAUAUAUAUAUUCUGAUGCUAUACUAUACUACACUGGAAUGUUUAGAUGUUUAUUUGAUUGUCUUUGAAUCUUCCCGCCACACUUGCUAUCCUUACCUGCCACACCAACAUGGCAUGCCACACUCUUUGAGAACCACUGCGCUCUCUAUAUCCCUGCCUACAUCCAUAUGUUGCUGAAGGUAAGCAGAGUUGGGAUCUGCGUAGGACACAUAUAGAAGCUGUUUAUAGAGGAAGGAGGGGAUGUAAAUGUAAUUAAUUGUGCACCAAGCUAUCAUUUAUAGUUGGUUGGGACCAACAAAUCAAACUUAACGACCUUGUGGUAGUACCCAGUCACCCUCUUACAUAAUCCAGACCAGUGUGCAACUAUGGGUACCUGCAGAGCCCAUAGUUCCAGAUGGUGUUCAGGCAAGGGAGCCACGUUAGACACUCCUAAACUGGGACUGUGUUAGUUCUCUUUGUGUCCUCCUCCCCAGCCUCCCAAGGUCUAGAACAGAAUGGAUAUUUGUUUUGGUUGAGGGUUUAUUUGACAUACCCUACAGUUAUACAUAAUUUACCAUUCUUCCUGCAAUGUUUUAAUGGCCCUCAUUCAUUGCUUCUGUUGUCUCAAUUAGCAUUGCAGGGAAAGAAAAUUAUGCAAACAAAACCCAGCUUUACCAAGCAGCAGCAGUUUUUGAGAUUUUGAAGCUUAAAACAGCCAUCCUUUCUUUGAUAUAUUUAGUAAUGUCUUUACAAUCUUGGAUAAGAUUGCCGCUGUCUUUGGCAUCCCAACUGGUUGGCAUUUUUAAGCCUUUGGCCAUGCAGGCAUGAGAAAGGGUUGCAGAAAAUAUACUUUCUAGGUAUUAGGUCCCAUUGAACAUGGUGAACUAACUUUUGAGUACACAAGGGCUACGCUGUUAGUCAUAUGAUAAGUUACAUAUAUCAGUAUAAAAGCACUAGAACCUGGACUUUUGCUAGGUACUGAGGGCUUAACCACCUGCUACCUUCACAUCUCCAAAUGUAGAUCACAUAUGUUGAUCUCCUUCCAGAAUGAGUAAUCACAGUAACCUCAUUUUAAUUUUAUUAUUGAAUAAUGAUGCUGUCAAACCAGUUGUUCAAGUGCUAAACAAGAUAUUCCGGUUGAAACUCCUUUUGUGCAAUGUAUCAACUAAAGUCAAGACAAAAAUCAAAUCAUUUGAUAGUGUUAUACUUUUAGUUGUUUAAAUUUAUUCCAUUAUAUCUUUGAAUUUCAAUUAUUCCCAGUUGAGAAUUGAAGUCUAGGUAAUAUUUGUUUUUUAAUCUCACUGCCAUUUUUAUGUAAUCCAAUGAGAGAGUGAAGCUUUUUGGGCAUGUGGAUUAGGUAAUGUUCUUUGAUGUCUUUGCUUUGCUCCAUCUCCCUUCUUAGCAGCCAAAGUAAAAUGAAAGCAACAUGGUAUUACCCUGUCAUAUCUUGUUAUAUAUGUAGGAUUAAGUUCAGUUAAAGUCAUAUAUUCCUAGACUCCAGAUUUUUUCUGGAAACUAAUGUGACAGCUAGAUUCCAAAACAAAUCAGUUUUCAAGGCCAUGAACAGUAGUAUCUCUUCUCAGUGUAUACUUCCUUGUGUUUUUUAAAAUGACUGACUGAUAAAAAAUAUUUCAUGCUUUGAAUAUUCUUAUUAUAGGUGGAGAGUUAAACAGGCAUUUUUUUUAAAUGUUGCAGGUAUUCAAAGUACUAUGUAAAGACUUCAUAGAAAGGAUCUCAUUAUAUCAACGCUUUAACCCAGCUGGAGAUUCUGGAAUUGACAGUAUAAAAUUUUAGCUAAUAUUUUGCUUUCUAAGAGUUCUGACAUUUUGGGAUUGCAAGAUAUAAAGUUAACACUUCGUUUGGGAUCCAUUUCCCUGUGCUUAGACUAACAAAGAAGGCUAACAGCACAGGGUCUUUAUUAAAAAAAAACCUGCUCUUGCCUAGUCAAUUUUAUGAAGUUUGUGGGAACAGACUGGAUGGAUAUCUCUGGUUCUCUGUUAUGUAAGAACAUCAAACUGGAGCAUUAGGAUUAGGCCGUCAGAAGUGCACGUUUGACAUGUCACCUUCAUAAUCCAUUUAUAUUAAAAUGUUGAAUAAUAGUAUUGCUGUUAUUUUACACUUCCAAAGCUCCUAAGAUUUUCUAAGCCUAUAUGUGUAUUAAAGAUAAGGCAGCCUCUGCCUGCAGACACAACCUCUCAUAUACAUCUCAUAAAAGGAAUGGGAAAGGGAGAAGUAAGCAAGCAUUGGAGCAGCUGUUCCUUCUCUGAUCAAUGAAUUAAUCGUCUGUUUGCCAUGGUGUUCUUCCUGGGAGGCAGAGGGUGCAGCCUCUCAUUAGUAGAGGCCAGAAUCUUCUUCCCUUUUGUUUUGUAGUACUAGAGCAACUGGUGUUACAAUGCAGUUGGUAUUGCCUACGUAAAUAAGAGAAGUCCAAUGGUGCUGUUUUAUUGUAAAGCCAAAUCAUGGUAAAAAGAACAAAGGAAAGAUUGUCAGAAAGGUUUUUGCAGCUUCCCUUUGUGGAUUCUUCUACUGUUCUAGAACUACCUGUCAUUUAGUCCAUCCUUGGCCCCUUCUCAGAACCCCUCCCAUAUCAGGCUAGUGGAGAUGAACUCAAAUAUUGCUUUCAGAUCAUGUUGCACUGGAAGAAAAUGUACUGCUAUUGCAGAGCAGAACACUCCACAUUACUCUUAAAGGCAGGUCAAGGCAAAAGUUUAAAGGAAAAAGUAAAAUAAAACUGUAAGAUCAUUUGCUCAGCCUUUCCUGGAUAAAAAUUUCUCCUUGCCUGAAGGUGGCAAGUGGUCAGACCCCAACGUUUAAACAAAAAACACAUUUACCAGAUUCCUUUGGAGCCUUUACAGUUACGGAGUUAACAAACAGUAGCAGCAGCCUGGAGUUGUUAUUAAAGCCAGUUUGGAACUUAAUUCUUAUUUGCUGAUAGUUACAAUUGACAUAAAUGAGUAACUUGUUUAGGAUCAAAGAGUCGGCCAUUACAUUUCCGCCCAGAUAAUUGUGUGAUUUUUUUUUAGGGGAAACUACGCAAUUUUAACAUGAUUACAUUAGAUUUUAACAUGAUUACAUUUCAACAGCUAAUUAUUUUUAAACAUGAUCUCUGCGUCUUUAGCCUGUUCAGGAAGUUACAGGAAGGAAUAUCUUAGGUCUGUUAGAAUUAUUUAGCAUCUAUGCUGUGGAUGUUUGCAGACCAAGUGAUUAGAGAGGAAGGUCAAAAGUAGUAAUUUGACUGUUACGUCUUUUCAGAUCAGCAACCGUGUCUUGUAUGUGUUUUUCACACAUGUUCAAGAGUUCUUUGGAAAUGUGAUUCUGAAACGGGUGACAAAGCCUCUACGCUGGUCUAACAUGGCAACAAUGCCAGCAUUGCCUGAAACACAGGAAAGCAUCAAAGAAGAAAUUAGAAGACAGGUUGGUGCACUUGUACUUUUCUUGGCUCUUUCAGUUGAAUUUUUAUAUUGAAACAGGGCAAAUUUCAUACUGACCAGACAAAUAAUCACACAGGAGAAAUUAUCUUCAUUUUAUAAGAAAUAAGUUUGGGUUUUAACAUAGGAUGUGAUACAUCUCAACUACAGAGUUGCUUCUCCUACUUCUUUAUUAAAAGAGGUGGUGAAGAAGACUCCAGAAUUUUUUGACUGGAAAGUAAGAACUAAAAAUGAAGGAGCCUCAAGCUUCCCCUCCCAUUGUAGACAAUUGUGUGUUGGGGGGCAGGGGAAUAACAGGGCAGGUUUACACCAGCUAUCAACAGCUACUACUCACAAUGGCUAUGUUCUGCCUCCACUAUGCUUCUGAAUGCUAUUCUGGGACUCACAAGUGGGUAGACUACUAUUGCAUUCAGAUCCUGGUUUUGGGCUUCCCAUAGACAUCUGGUUCGCCAUUGUGAUAUCAGAAUGCUGGAUGGGCUGCUGGCCUGAUCCAGCAGGCUCUUCUUAUGUUCUUAAAAGUUUUUUUAAGCUUAGAAAUUGAAUAAUAUUGCUGAAUAUGGUGUGUGUUUUACUAGGAAUUCCUGUUGAAUUGUUUACACCGAGACCUACAGGCGGGGAUCAAAGAUUUAUCCAAAGAGGAGAGAUUAUGGGAGGUGCAAAGAAUUUUGACUGCUCUCAAAAGGAAGCUAAGAGAAGCUAAAAGACAAGUGAGUUUCUUUGCAUGUAACCCACAUGAACUGGACAGGAAGAGUACUCUCAUAAUUUCUAAGCUGCUUCGUUUGGUUUUUUGCUUUGGUGAUAGAAAUAGUAGCUAACAUUGUCUUAAUCAAAAUAUCAUGCUAUCCCUGACAGGGGAGACAGAGCUGUUCUUCCUUUCUGCUAUGGAGGCUUUUAACUAGUCUAGUGUGGGAUUGUUUAUAGUUCAUAGUUCUGAUGGAUCAAAAUGUCUCACAGCAUAUUACUUCUUUUCCCCAUCCUUAAAUAAGAGGCUCUCUUUGACCAUUGCCGUCCAGCGUAGUUGUCCUUACUUAACACAGCAUCAGAGGCAGGGAUUCAAGUUCCUUAAACACUGGGCACUGCUGCAAAGUGAAUUCCAGGAUCUCAUUAUUGGGAUCCUUGGUACCCUAUCCUGUAAUAAUGAAUGGCCUGGUGUACCAACAUGGUAUCUGAUAAUGAUAAAAUUGUGUGUAUUCCUGAUAUUUCACUUCUAAAGCAUGCUGAGUUUCUGUUGCAAAGGCAUGGGGUAGAAAUGUUGCACUAGAUGACUGCUCUUCUCUUGGGACGCUUACAGUUUCUGGCUCUCAGUUUCACAGUUUGGUGUUUGAGCUUCUGACAAGGUUAGCUUUCAGACUUUUGUUGUAAUUGCCUUGGGCUUUAUUGGCCGAUGCCUUUUGUGUGGUUAAUCACGAUAUCUUCAGGUAUGUGAAAAUGUCCGCUUGCCACAGUGCAUAAAUCAACUGAUCUGUCUGGUGGGGGAACCCACAGUCUGCUUGUUCACAGAGAAUCGAAAGCAGCUGCACAGAUUUAACCGCCAUCUGUCCUAGAAGGGAAAGCAAGUGAUUAACCUGACCCACUAAUGCUACUUUAGGAAGUUUGAAUAACUUCAGAUAUUUUCUCAGUAUAAUAACAGCACAAAAACCUCUGUGAGCUCCUGUUUAGAUACAAUUUCAUUUAACCAUAUGGCUAUGUUUGGCAGUGGCCAUUAAUCAAGAUUUUUUCAAUGUAGGAGUGUGAAACAAAGAUUGCACGAGAGAUUGCCAGCCUUUCAAAGGAGGAUGUUUCCAAAGAGGAAAUGAAUGAGAAUGAAGAAGUUAUUAAUAUUCUGCUCGCUCAGGUAAUUUCUGAUGUUGAAUGCACUAUUUUUUAUUUUUCUUCCUCUUCCUCUUCUUCUUCUUCCCCUUUUCACUAUUCAUUAAGGUAACAUUAAACUGUUGCCAAACUGACUUGGAGAGAAACGGACAUUCAUAUUUGAAAGAAUUCUUUGAUACUUUAAGAAUUCUUUGUUACUUUAAUGAAACUAUAAUUUAUACAGUGAGGGGGGAAAGUAUUUGAUCCCCUGCUAAAUUUGCCCAUUUGCCAAAGAAUCAAAUGCUUAUUUCACUCUUUAUAAUGCAUAUAAAUCUCUGACUUUUGUCUUCUGGGUUUCUGGGGGUUUUCCUGUUGUUAUUCUGUCUCUCACAGCUACAAUCAACCUACCAUUAAAAUUGGUCAUUUCUUUGUCAGAGGGCAAACGGGCAAAUUUAGCAGGGGAUCAGAUACUUUCCCCCCUCACUGUAGGUGCAUUCUAAUUAAUCUUAUUGAGCAUCUGAAAGGUGGGGCAGGGAUGGCUAGAAAGAUGUCAUGCUUAGUUCCAGAUGGUCAUUUUGUUUCUGGUGACCUUGGUGAGCACUUGAUGAGGCUGGUAGAACUGCUUGUUCAUCCCAAAACGGACCUUUCUUAGCUCAGACCCCUGGCAUCCUCACUAUUUGGGAGUGGAGGGGGAAGACAGUGAUUUCAACCACUGGCUUCUGAGUUAACAAAGUUGUUACAGAAAUGUUGUUAAUUCAAGAUAACAGGAUGCCUUUUCAAUAGUUGCUGUAUGGGUUAAUUUAAUGAACUGCUGCCUUCCAGCAGUCCCUGCAAUUUCUGGCACUACACUGGUCAUCCCUACUAAUGCUGCUUGUUCCUCAGCUACCUGCAGGAAUCCCAGCCCAUUCUUUACCAUCCUUGGUUCUUUUUUAAUUUCUGGCCAUGCACCCCAAAACAGUCCCUUAGGUGCCCAAGUAACACCCACCUCCCCAUUUAUUCUUCCUAUGUCCCAAUCUUCUCUUCAUAAAAAGAGAAAAUUGUGGUCCAGGGCAAGGUUAUCAAAAUACCGUAACUAUGGUAAGUCAAGCUUAAAUCAUGCAGUACAGCCCAAACUCCACCAGGCCAUCCUGCAUUUGCUUAUUCAGGAUUUCUGUGGAAUGUAGUGCUUCAGUUUUCCACUGGAGCUGAGAGCAUUCAAGUGGUUAGGAAUCAGGAGAGGAAGUAGAGCUGCCUAAAUGGUGGUUUUGUACACUAAAGAACAAACAGUAUAUUGAACUUCCUCCCAUAAAGUUGUGCAGUUGGUGAGAUAAAUGCCUUGGUCUGGAAAAUUAUAUGGGGAGAUGUCUUGGCACGGCGAGUUUUACGCUUUCUUUCCCAGUCAGCAUCCUAACCAUCUCUUCCCUUCUCCACCCCCUGCCCAGCAGCUUUAGAAGCUAUAGUUCAUGUGUUUAGUUGAGAAAGGAAGGGUAGCAAUUGCAGUGUAAUAUCCCUGAUCCAUAAACCAAAGGCUUAAGUAAUCUAAUCUUUUGCAGGAGAACGAGAUUUUGACAGAACAAGAAGAGCUGCUGGCAAUGGAGCAGUUUCUGCGCAGACAAAUUGCCACCGAAAAAGAGGAAAUAGAUCGCCUCCAAGCAGAAAUAGCAGAAAUUCAAAGGUAACAACCUCUCUGGAAUCAAGCUUUCUGAAUUCUAAAAUAAUAUUUUUAAAGCAAUAAGCUCGUACUGGACUGUGAUGGAAGGAUAAUUACAUUGCACCCUUUGGCUUUUUUUGACUACAUCAUCCUAACACUACACUUUGGCUUGAAUCUUAGUAAAAUCCAGUAAACUUAAUAGGCUGUUGAAUUUUGCCCUAUUAACAGAAGUGGUUCUAUGUUUUGGUGGUUCUGUAAGUAGCUUCUUGAAAAGUGUUCUAAGUGUAAUAUUUGAACGUUUAUGUUUAGUGACACUUCUCCAUAUACAGUAUACCAUACAGUAAACAUCUAUUUGUGCUCCAGAUCAUGUCCAUUAUGUGGCAAUUGAUUAAUGCUGUAUAGCAAUCUAGGCAAAUAGUGAAGUAAGCUUUAAAAAAAUCAAACGUGCUCAUCUGUUUUAGUCGGCAGCAUGGUCGAAGCGAAACUGAAGAAUAUUCUUCUGAAAGUGAGAGUGAGAGCGAAGAUGAGGAAGAGCUACAAAUAAUCUUGGAAGACUUGCAGAGGCAGAAUGAAGAACUGGAGGUGAGACUGCACUACUGCAAAAUAUUUAUUCAUUGAACUUUUUGUAGAGCUGAGAGGUUUAAUCAGGAGAAUAUUUAUGGCAGGUCUGUGUAUGUCAUCUGAAAACACAGCCUCUGAUACGCCUCAUUCUGUCACCUAAUGAAUAACAACCUGUUUUUGGCAGGCAUGAGGUUGUUUUCAUUGAAAAUGUCUUGAAUAUAUGUAGUUCUGCUACAGUGCUGGCAAUUUUCAGGGGGGUGGGCAGAUAUAGUGGUUAACUCCUUUUUACUAGUUUCCAUUGCUUUAGCUUGGGAAAUAGAAAAACAAUAUUGGAGCUACAUAUACAGUAUGCUCUUAGGACUAGUGAUACCUUUCAACUGAAUUGCUGCCUUACUGGUUUGACAAGUAUAGAAUAGACAUUUUCAAAUACUGGGUGUGUCUUCAGAUCUAAAAACAUUCUUAAUUGCUUUAUUAUAUUUUACAAUAACUUGACUAUCUUAUGUAACUUAAUAAAUAUUAAAAUUAUAAUUAAAAAUGUGGAAGGGUGGACACUUAAAAGAUUAAAUUAUAUUGUACUAUUGCCACAUUUAUAUUGCAAAUUAUGACUCUUGCCCUUCCUAGUGUUGCUUUUGUAAUCUUUAAUACACCUUCCCUGCUGGUCUUCCCAGCACUGGCAAGGAAAUUGCACAAGUUACAUAAUCUCCAUUACUAAUGGAAACGAUUGUAUUAUAUGCAUUUAUUUUAGUUACUUUAUAUAGUAACAAUAAUACAUAGAUAUGUGAAAUCACAAAAACUACAUAAAAACACGUGAGAGAGACUGUUGCCAAAAAAUCACUGAAUGAACUGGAAAUACAAAAUUCUUCUCUGAAGCUAAAUCUUAGAUGGGAAUUUUUUCGAGUUGUUGAUGAGGUCUCUGGAUUAUAUCUUGCUUUGUUACUACCUCAAAACCAAUGCAGAAAUUAGGAAUUUUUCAAGCUUGGGAGCUGCAAAUAAUCCUCUGGCUUCCUAUGCAUUUUUUCCAAAGCAUGCUUCCUUGUGGAAAAUUUGAAUGCUAACAAAUUAAUUAAACAAUUAACUUAGUUGAACAAUACAAAAUUACAAAUAUGAAUCAACUACCUGAUGUAAAGCAUCCAAAAUAACUUAACCUGCAGAAUUUCCUAAAUAGGGUUUUUGCUCCCUACAUGUUACAAUAUAAAAGGUCUUAGUGUUAUUAACUACUGACGUUUUAAAAUAAAAACGAUUUAGAGUACUCCGAGUGCUUCAUACCUUGCUACAUACAGUCAUACCUUGGUUUUCAAAUGGCUUGGCUCCUAAACAAAUCGGCUCCCAAAUUGUGAGUGUUCCGGUUUGUGAACGUUUUUCAGAAGCCAAACGUCUGACACAGCUUCCGCUUGGUUUUCGAACAGUUUCAGGAGUCGAAUGGACUCCUGGAACGGAUUAAGUUUGAGAACCAAGGUUCCACCGUAUUAUCUCUGUAAUCCAUUCAGCAACCUCUAAGGUAGGUCACUGUUGCCUCCAUAUUGCAGGUGGAAGAGUGAGGCUAAGAGACAGUGACUCAACUAAGUCAACCCUGCACUAACUAUCCUGAGAGUAAGUCCCACUGAACCUGGGAUUUCACUUCUAGUACAAUCUGAACUAGGGAUUUGCACCUCACAUUCAAAGCCACCAUGUUACCUUCAUUUUUGUAAUACUUGUGGGCACACAGAAGUUCAGAGUAAAGUGAAAAUGCAAACUGUAUAAACAAAUGUAAUUUCCCAGUGAAUGCUAGGGCGGAAAGACCCACAAUUUUAAACUUGUGAUUACUGCAAGAACCUUCUCUAGUGGAGAGGGAGUUAGCAGCAUCUUGUGUCGAUGUUUAAUCUCCUGUGGUUAUAAAUACCCAGUUCCUCCUGGGCUGGAUUUUCCAUGCGCCUCAUUUCUAACCCUUCUCCCAUGAACAUACUUGUGCCCCUUCCAAGGAAAAGUUACAUUGUGUGAUGCUCUAUUAACGAUUCAUUAGCCGCAUAAGUAGCUGUUUGUAGCUGAAGUGACCCUGCCCCCUCCCUCCCUCUUGUGCUGGAUAAAGAUUAAGAACAACCAUCUGAACCAAGCGAUUCAUGAAGAGCGAGAGGCCAUCAUUGAAUUGCGAGUGCAGCUCCGGCUCUUGCAGAUGCAGCGAGCAAAAUCUGAGCAGCAGGUGCAGGAAGAAGAAGAGCUUGAGAAACGGGCAGGCGCAUCCCAGCAGCAGCAGCAGCAGCCCCAGCAGCCAAGAGAGACUGUCCCGGAGACAAAAGCAGCGAAAGAGCAGCCAAAGGCAAUCAAGGAGCCAGUGAAGCCAUCGCCAAGCAAGGAGCGAAAGGAAACACCAAUUUAA